AUGCGUACCCUGUCGCUUGUUGCUCUGGGGCUUGUUUGCUUCCUGGCAUCCGUUGGUGGUUACGAGACGGAGGUUGGCGAUGAUGUAAAUCGGAAUACCGCCAUGUCGGCAAACAUGAACAACUACAUCGAUGUGGUGAUGAUACAGGUUGGACCGUGGAUGAACACUCAUCUCGUUCCCAUGGCACUGCCCGAUGUGGUUGAAGGAUUUGAACAUCGCCCAAUCCUGAUUACGUACCAUGGUGAGCUGGCACUCACGAAUGGAGUUUUCCACACCAUCCACAGCGUGGGCCGCAAUGGAAAUGCGAUGAUGCACUACGACCGGCAGUUGCUGCGCGUUACCGUUGGCGGCAACAUUCGGCAGCUGGGUUUCACGUACGACUACUCCGCACACAUCAUGGAUCUCGGGCCGACCGGUUUCGUUGACGUCGAUGUAGCGACGAUGACUUUCGACAGCGAGUUCAUCAUCGACAUGACGGAUUUCUACAUCUGGAUGCAGGACUUCCGUCUCACCAACAUGGGCAACCUGAGCAUUCGCUUCCGCGGCAACAUUCUCGUCGAUUGGUUGGCCAACAUUUUCGUCAACGUCAUCACGACCAUUUUCCGCAACACGAUUACCAACGUCGUGUCGAACGGUGUACGCGAUUUCCUUCAAGCCACCCUGGAUGACAUGAAUGGACGGCUGCGUGGACGUGCAAUUACUGAGCAGGAGGCGGCAGUGCUGGUUGAAAGUUUGAAGAAAAUGCUUACCCACUAA